UAGCUCCUGCAGAGCCACACUUCACAGUUCUGCUCCACAGUGAGACCUGACUUCAUCAGGACCACACAGCAUGGACCUACUCACCAAAACUCUGUUUCUGUGCUUAGCACUUGCCCUCGCUAAUGGCGCGCCUGCACCUGGGGCAGAUGAAGAGGCAGAUGCACAUGUUGCUGUGCCAGACAGAUGUGAAGGUAUCGAGUUUGAUGCCAUCACUCCUGAUGAGAAAGGAACCACUUUCUUCUUCAAAGGUUGCCACGUGUGGAAGGGUUUCCAUGGUCCAGCUCAGCUCUCCAAUGAGGUUUUCAAGGAGCUGAAUGGCAUCAAUCACAGUCAUGUUGACGCUGCCUUCCGCAUGCACAACACAGAAAACCCAGACGUCCACGAUCACAUCUUUUUCUUCCAGGGUGACAAAGUGUUCAGCUAUUAUAACCACACCCUGGAAGACGGAUAUCCAAAACAGAUCCUAGAGCAGUUCCCAGGAAUUCCCAGCCACCUGGAUGCAGCUGUGGAGUGUCCCAGAGGAGAGUGCACAGCAGAUUCAGUUCUUUUCUUCAAGGGUCAUGAUGUGCACAUUUAUGAUAUCAGCACUAAGCAGGUGAAGACCAAGAAUUGGCCCCACCUGCCCGUGUGCACCUCCGUUCUACGCUGGCUGGAGCACUACUAUUGUUUCCAUGGACACAACUUCACCAAAUUCAACCCAGUCUCUGGAGUGGUGAACGGCACAUACCCAAAAGACGCCCGCAAUUACUUCAUGAAGUGUCCCAACUUUGGUCAUGGAUCACACAGCAUGGUCCCUAAAUGCAGUGAGAUCAAAAUAGAUGCCAUCACUGCUGAUGAUGCAGGCAAAACGUAUUUAUUUCAAGGUCCUAUGUACAUGCGUCUGGACACCCAUCGUGACGGCCUUCAUCCAUUCCAAAUCACCAGGACGUGGAAGGAAUUGACAAAUGGCGUGGAUGCUGUUUUCUCUUUCGUGGACAAAAUCUACAUGAUUAAGGAUGAGCAGGUUUACAUCUAUAAAACAGCUGCUCACUACACUCUGAUUGAAGGUUACCCCAAAACCCUGAAGGAGGAGCUCGGCAUUGAAGGACAUGUGGACGCUGCUUUUGUCUGUCCCGGUGAACACACAGUUCACAUAAUCCAAGGAAAACAAAUCCGUACUGUUGAUCUCAGUGCCUCACCCAGGGCAGUGACUGCUGAUAUGCCUCUGCCCAUAGCUGACAUUGAUGGUGGUCUGUGUGGUCCAGAGGGAGUCACUAUUUUCAAGGGCUCACAGUUUUACCAGUAUAGGAGUGUUAGGAUACUGGCUACAGGCAAAAUCUUUGUCAACCCUCAAGAUGUUACCCCAGCAAUGUUGGGGUGUCGAGAAUAGGAGUCAGGGCUCAGAGCUCCUCACUUCUGAAAUAAGGAAUAAGGCACUCAACAUGUAAUAUGUUUGAAAAGUCCUCAAUCCAUGCAUUCAAGAUGGAGUUUGAUGCCGUUUGGUGAAUAAAAUGUUGAAAACUGCGCACAGGA